GGGGAAAAGACGCGGUAUGACGACCCUUGAGGUCGAGCAUCUUGCCAUUCUUCGUUUGUCAGUUUAUACAGCCGAACUUAAUUAUCAUUGGCAGAAGGGGCACGAGAGUGGUGUGCUUGCUUCCGUGGAAAUCGCGCGGACGAGGAAGAAGGAAGGAAAUGAGCUCGAGAAAGCCGCGAAGGGAUUCGGACGUCCUGUUGUCCAAGUUCGGUCACAAGGAGUUGCUGUUCAAGUUCCUCGUAAUUGGUGAUUAUGGAGUCGGAAAAACAGCAUUGGUUAGAAGAUACACAGAAGGGAAGUUUACGUCUAAUUAUAAGAUUACCAUAGGAGCCGAUUUCGCAAUAAAAACGCUCGACUGGGACCCUCUUACUAAAAUAAAUUUACAAUUGUGGGAUGUCGCCGGUCAUGAAAGAUUUGGAUAUAUGACCAGAGUUUAUUACAAAUAUGCAGUGGCCGCUGCUUUGGUUUUCGAUAUUUCGCGAAUAGCUACGUUCCAAUCGAUCAAGAAAUGGCUGUGUGAUUUGAGAGAAAAAGUCACACUGCCGGAUGGCUCGAAUAUACCGGUAGUUCUCUUAGCGAACAAAUGCGACAUUCCUUGCCCCGUGGUACCUACCGAACAAAUUGCCAGGUUUUGCAAAGAGAAUAAUAUUGGCGCUUGGUAUGUAACUUCUGCGAAAGAAAAUACAAAUGUUGAUGUGGCGAUGCGUUAUCUUGUGGAAAACGUGCUCAAAACUAAAAUUGACGGAGGAAUUCGUGAUUCUGUCCGACUGCGAGACAAACCUACGAUCCGAGAAAAGAGCGGAUGUUGCAAGUAAUAAUUUUUUUUUUCUUGCGAUUUUCAAUUAAAAUUCCCACCAUUUAUGCGACAAUAUUAUUUUCACAAUAUUCGAAAGAACUUACUUUUUAAUACGAUUUUUUUUAAUUAAUUUAAUCUGCGAUGCAUAUCUUUUAUAAUAUAUUUACAAUUAGUCGUAUAAUUUGUAUAUCUCAAUUGUACAUGCUUUAAAAAUACUGUACUGUUAUAAAUACUGUACAACGAUAUGAAUAUUUUUAAUUUACAAAGAAAUUUAGAAUAUAUUUAUUUUUAGAAUUAUAGAACAGAUAUUCGCUAUUCUUUACGACAACGAGGUUUUUAUACAUUUAAUAAUUGUAAGAAAUUCUAAAGACGUUUGUCAAUACAUUGGAUUUUACGAAUAAUUUUUAAUAGAUAUUUUCCAAAGAAAAAGUGUUCUGUUAUUUUAUUUUUGAACGAACAAUAUAGAGAUUCAUUUAUUUAAAUUCAUAAAUAGGUUUAUUUACUUUGUAUUUUAAUAAUUUUUUAUAUCAUUUCCAUAUAUAAAUUAAUCAAAGAAAAUACGGAAUAAAUAUAAAAUAAAUUUAUAAAGUUUUAAACUACGAAUCUAUCUUUAGAAUUUAUACUUUUUAUACAUUGGUAACAAAAAUUAAUUAUGUUAUUUCUAUGUACACACGUGUAAACUUUGGUAAAAAUAUAACACUUGUAUUCAAGUGUGGUAAAAAUUAAAUAUACACGAUUGUCUUAAUUAUA